CCUGCUGCCUCGGCGAGUCUUCCCCACACGCCUCUUCGCCCUGCCUCUCCACACCCACUCCAUCCCCGGCCGUGCGCUCGCUGCUUCCUCCAGCGCCACCACCUCCUGCACCUACGCUGCAUCCGCUCUGCGCACACACACACACACACACACACAUCCGUCGUCCCGCCUCUUCUUCGCACGCGAGCUGCCCCAUCCACACCUCCACUCCUGCGCUCGCGCCGGCUUUCUCAGCGUCGCGCUCCCUUGACGCACAGCCCAGCCAUGUCCGACGUCGCAGAGAAGCGCGAUGUGCGCAACCCGCUGCUCUUCGAGGUCGCCUGGGAGGUCGCCAACAAGGUCGGCGGCAUCUACACGGUCAUCAAGACCAAGGCUCCCGUGACCGCACAAGAGUAUGGCGAUCGCUACACGCUCAUCGGUCCGCUGUCCUACAAGACGGCGCCGAUGGAAGUCGAGUCUGUCGAGCCCGAGGAUCCGGCGCUGCGCUCGACGCUGAACAGCAUGCGCGAGCGCGGCGUCAAGUUCCUCUACGGGCGCUGGCUCAUCGAGCGCGCGCCGCGCGUGCUGCUCUUCGACACGGGCAGCAUGUAUCAUCGCCUCGAUGAGUGGAAGGGCGACCUCUGGAACGCGGCCGGCAUCCCGACGCCGCAGAACGACCACGAGACCAACGAGACGCUCGUCUUUGGCUACCUCGUCGCCUGGUUCCUUGGCGAGUUCGCGAUUCAAGAGCGCAAGAAGGCCAUCAUUGCCCACUUCCACGAGUGGCAAGCCGGUCUGGCCAUCCCGCUCUGCCGCAAGCGCCGCAUCGACGUGACGACGAUCUUCACGACGCACGCCACGCUGCUGGGCCGCUACCUGUGUGCCGGCUCGGUGGACUUCUACAACAACCUGCAGUACUUUGAUGUCGACCACGAGGCGGGCAAGCGCGGCAUCUACCACCGUUACUGCAUUGAGCGCAGCGCCGCGCACUGCGCAGAUGUCUUCACGACCGUCAGCCACAUUACGGCGUACGAGAGCGAGCACUUGCUCAAGCGCAAGCCCGACGGCGUGCUGCCCAACGGCCUCAACGUCGUCAAGUUCAGCGCCAUGCACGAGUUCCAGAACCUGCACGCCGUCAGCAAGAACAAGAUCAACGAGUUCAUCAAGGGCCACUUCUACGGGCACUACGACUUUGACCUCGACAACACGCUGUACUUCUUCACUGCGGGUCGCUACGAGUACCGCAACAAGGGUGUCGACAUGUUCAUCGAGUCGCUUGCGCGGCUGAACCACCGGCUGCAGAAGAUGGGCAGCAAGAUGACCGUCGUGGCCUUCAUCAUCAUGCCCGCGGCCACGAAUAGCUACACAAUCGAGGCGCUCAAGGGCCAGGCUGUGACGAAGCAGCUGCGCGAGACGGUCAACGACAUUCAGAAGCGCAUCGGAGAGCGCCUGUUUGAGCGUACCGCGCGCUACCAGGGCGAGGGCAACCAGGAGAUCAUCGAUCCCGCCACGCUGCUCUCCGAGCAGGACCGCAUCCUGCUGAAGCGGCGCGUCUUUGCUCUGAAGCGCAACAGUCUGCCGCCCGUCACGACGCACAACAUGGCCGACGACGCAAACGACCCGAUCCUGAACCAGAUCCGCCGCGUGCAGCUCUUCAACCGCCCCUCGGACCGCGUCAAGAUCAUCUUCCACCCCGAGUUUCUCAAUGCAAACAACCCCAUUCUCGGCCUCGACUACGAGGAGUUCGUCCGCGGCUGCCACAUGGGCGUCUUUCCUUCGUACUACGAGCCGUGGGGCUACACGCCGGCAGAGUGCACCGUCAUGGGCAUUCCGAGCAUCACGACGAACCUGUCGGGCUUCGGCUGCUUCAUGGAGGACACGAUUGAGAACAGCGAGGACUACGGCAUCUACAUUGUCGACCGGCGCAUGAAGAGCGUCGAGGACAGCGUCAACCAGCUGACGGACCAGAUGGUCGACUACUGCAUGAAGACGAGACGGCAGCGCAUCAACCAGCGCAACCGCACGGAGCGCCUGUCCGACUUGCUCGACUGGAAGAAGCUCGGCCUCGAGUAUGCAAAGGCGCGUCAGCUGGCGCUGCGUCGUGCCUACCCGGACUCGUUCAACGAGGAGGAUGACAUGGACUACUUUGACCCGGGCAACGACAAGGUGCCGCCGCCGCUCUCCAUGCCCGCCUCGCCGCGCUUCCGUGGCGCGACGACGCCGGGCGACUACGCCACGCUGAGCGAGGUGAGUGCAUCAGGCCCAGCUGGCGGCCGCGGCAGUGGGCAGCUGUUGUCUGGGAGAUGCGCUGAGCCUCCUUGCUUGGUGCUGCAGGACAUGCAGGCGCUCUCGACGAGCGACUACAAGGGCAGUGCCUUCUGGAAGGCGCUCAACCAGACGGAGGACGACGAGGACGAGGCGUUCCGCUUCCCCCUCGUCAUGAAGAGCCGCAACCGCGGCGCCAGCGUGGGCUCGACGAGCGGAGUCUCGACGCCCGGCCUCCUCGGCUCAAAGACUCUCUCGGCGCGCGACCUUGACCGCGCGGACGAGGCGCUGACGGCACACGACUCGAUCGGCCACAACGGUCACUGAGCGUGGAAGCAGCCGCAAUGGAGCGCUCUCGCCUGCAGCUCGUCACGCAGCCGUGAUGUGUCGCGCGCGCACCGGCCGCCUUGUCUCUGUCGUCCCCUCCUCUCUUGAUAUCAGACUGUCCCGACGUCCUCUCGAACGUAUGCGCGACUCGGUCCUCGCUCCUUCCUCUCAAUCUUUCUCGUCUCUCGAGCGCGCGCACCCAUCGGUGCUUCGCUCCACACACUCCCUGCGUCUCGUCUCCCUCCACCUCUUGGACACACACACCCCCCCCUCGACUGUUCACAGCUCCCCCCAUCCACCUCUCUGCACUCGAAAUGCCCAAGCCCGCGACGUGGCC